AUGUCAAUUCUGCUAGUAACGUACAUAUUAGGGUGUGUGACGGUGGCGGUGAUAGCAUUUACUAGUGAUGAUCUUCCAUUGGUUGGAAACAAGGCCCCUGAUUUUGAAGCUGAGGCUGUGUUUGAUCAGGAGUUGUUCAAGGUUAAGCUAUCUGAGUACAUUGGGAAGAAGUAUGUGGUUCUCUUUUUCUACCCUUUGGACUUCACUUUCGUCUGUCCAACAGAGAUUACUGCCUUCAGUGACCGGUAUGCAGAGUUUGAGAAGUUGAACACUGAAGUGUUAGGUGUCUCUGUUGAUAGUGCGGGAAUAGCACUAAGGGGACUUUUCAUUAUCGACAAAGGAGUGAUUCAACAUUCCACCAUCAACAAUCUUGGUAUUGGAAGAAGCGUUGAUGAGACCAUGAGAACUCUCCAGGCGUUACAGUACAUCCAGGAGAACCCUGAUGAGGUCUGCCCAGCAGGAUGGAAACCAAGUGAGAAGUCAAUGAAACCUGACCCCAAGCUCAGCAAAGAGUACUUCUCAGCUAUUUAG